AUGUUCGCUCAAUCUUUUGCCAGCUUGGAAUCCAGCAAAGUUAAUAAACCAAAAAAAAGCUAACUUGGAAUGUUAUCAACUGCCAUUAGUAAAAUUGGAGAGUCUAGCUAUACCACUAAAACCAGUUAGUCAACUAAUAUGUCUCCAGUCAGAAUGAGAAUAUUCAGAGACUCAUCACCAAAAUAAAGCAAAGGCUUACAAGGAGUAGUAGUUGGGGAAUACCACCCUUUAACACCCUCACAAAUUGUAUUUAGUAGCAUUCACAAAAAUUCUUCUCAUAUUUAACACAAUACAAAUUAUAUUGAAUCUCCCUAAAAGACUAAAGUAAGACUGGAUAGAUUCAAAAAUUGGGAUUCAAAAUUGGGUUUAGAGCUUUAGAUCUAAAAUACUAAAUUCACUCGAUUCAAUAAUGAAUUAUCACAUUCAAGUUUCCAACCUCAUCAUUUAUCCUCCAAAUCGUCUGUAUUUUUGGGUAACAAUCAGGGCAGAUUAGGUUUUGGUGGAAAUCAAAGUGAUAUAAGACUAUUGAGUGCAAAAUUGAAUGCAAUCCCACCUACUCAAAUAGGUGCAUUUACUGUUGGACACAAUCAUGAAUUAGCAGACUUACAAUAAUCCCUUACUAGAAUCUUAAAAUCAAGUCAUUAGUAUUGAACAAUAUUGAUAAUUAUAUUAAAUUAAAAGAAUAUUAAUAUGGACAUAAAUAUAAAUUUCAAGUGAAAC